CCAGUGAAGCGUCGAGUGUGCAGCAAGCCAGCCGUCCGCCAGCCACUCAGUCGUACGCGUUGCUGCUGUUGCUGUAGGUGGUGUGUGGAAGGAUGUGAAGCAGCCACUCCGAAAGGCUCGGUUUGGAAAGAGUCACUCGAGGCUACAGUGAAAAACGAGUGCGAUAUGGUAGUACUGGUUUAGUGGUGGUGGGGAUGGUUUGGAUAACCUUUAAGUGAUGCCAAACAAGGGGGAAAUAUUGAAUAAGUCGUACUGAAAACCUUUCGACCGGAAAGAAGGUUUUCGUCUCAUGGUAUGGAAGGAAUGAUUAAUUAAGAAUUCCUUAUUACAUUGAAUUCAGGGUUUCAUGCCUGCAGUUAUUUAGACUGGCUGCGUUUCAACGAAAGGACUUGAAAUGUGUGAAAUUUGAAUGCUACAGUUUUCUGAAUUGCACGUGAGCUGUUCACCAAAUCAUUCCAUAGACUUGUGAACAUUGACGACUAAAGCUCCAGAUGCAGCAGAAAACUCAAACGAUGUGCAACGAGAAAGAAUGACUUUCAAGUGAACGCCGCUCGUCGACUCUUUGAACGUCCGUACGACCUCUGGAUCUUGGAUUUCGAGAGGAUCCAGUUGCAAAGCGAGCAGUCUUUUUCUUUCCUCCUGGAAGAAAUCGAGAUAGAUCUCUCCUGGAUUUUUUCGACCCCGAGGGCUUCCGUGAACUCCUGCGCUCUUCUUACAGUAGAUAGCACUGUAAAAAUCAACAGCAGCAGCUCUUGACAACGGAUCCUCCUCUACUCUACAAGUCAGCCGCUCGCCUUCUUGAAACAGCAGUGACCCGAAGGGAGCCGGAGGGAGCCACUGACGUUCUCUCUACUUACUCUAUUUCUCAAACCCUGUAGUGUUUUGCUAUCUGUCUGUCAGUUAUUUUGAUAUUUCAAUUAAUCAGCUUUAUUUUGUUGACCUCGUCUGUUUUUCCAUCUUUUAUUAUCACCCUAGUACAUCAAGAUCUCUCCUUCUCUCACAUUCCAUCCCACAGCCUUUUCUAAAAAGACACUUGAUGUAAUCCUAUAUUUGUAUAUACAUCUUCCCGGUCCUUUAUCUAAACCUGCGUGUCAUUCAGAACAUACACAGCCCCUCGCUUCUCAUCCUGCUUAAUCCUCUUUAUCCCUUCUGACAUGCCCCUCUUCUCUCCUCAUCUCUCAUAUCCCAUGUAGGAAUCUUUUCUCAGACUUUUUCUUCCUUUGCAUCUGGCCCAUUCCCUCCCUCCCUCACUCCUUCCCUCCCUCCCUCCCUCCCUGUGUCUUAGAGGCAUCGGGGUCUUCUUUCUCUCGGAGUCUCCCCACAAAUUGUCAUCAUUCUCUCUCUCGUGAUUCCCGUUUCUUUCUCCCACAACGUUCGCCCCUCCGCCGCGAUGAGUGGUGGUGGCAUAACAGCAGCAGGGCUAAUAGUGUUGCUGCUUGCUUUAAUUGGAUUAGGAGUUGGAUUGUAUUACGCAUACAUAUGCUUACGUGCUCGCCCCGUCCGUCCUCGGCAGCACACUGAUUGCGAAGAUGGUCCCCUCAUAGCAUUAGACCCUGAUGUCAAUGGAAAUCACGAAGAUGUUCCUGUGGAAGCCUCAGCCCCAGUUGAUGAUGAAUCAGAUGCUAAGUGUAAACUUAUUCCAGAUGGUAAUGAUAAAAAUAAGGUUGAAUCUAAUGGUCCAGUAGAUGGAAUACCCAAUGGACCAACUAAAGAAAAGGAUGCUGUACUGGUUCCCAUUGAGGAAAAACCAGAACCUGUCAAGCUGAUAGUAGAAGAUGAAAUUGCCCCAGUUCUUAACAUGGCUCCUGCUGGAUUUGUAGUUCCUGUGAAGGAAGUAGCUCAUGAUGGAACUCCAAUUCAUCAUCAAACACCAAAGAAAGUGGAAUUUGCUAAGCAGGAAAAGGCUGAACCAGAAGUUCACCAUCCCAUACAUUCUCCAGUGCCAAUUUUUGUCCCAGUACCUUCUGUUGUAGGCAAGAAACCCGUGACAGAUAGUGAUGAGGAAGAUGGGUUGCUAUUGCAGAAAUGUUCUCCUCAUGAUGAUAGUUUAGAAAGAGACAUGGGUUCUGAACCUCCAGCUGUACCUUCUAGAGAAAAUGCUGUACAGAAAGUGCCUGCAUCAGCACCACCAGCAGACAGUGAGUCAGUUUCUAGUUCAGUAAACUUGACUCCUGAGGAGAACGUACAUGAUAAACCUGAGAUUAAAGAAACCAUUGAUGAAAAUAUUACUAGUGAAGUAGUUCCAGAACUUGAAACUCCAUUACCUCCCACAAAAGAACCAGAAAUUGUGCCUCCUGCUGAAGUUGAUAGAGAAACUCUACAAGAUACUUCACCAGUGCUAAUGAAAGAGGGAGAAACUGUACAAGAGACUUCACCAGUGCUAAUGAAAGAGGAGAUAGAGAACUUGUCUGAUGUUCCACAGUCUGUCCGUGAAGUUUGUGACUCCCCAGAACCAGUGAAAAAGCCACCAGUCAGUGAUGUAUCAAAUCCUUCUGCAGCAGCAGCGGAACAAGUGUUAAUAGAAUCUGACUUGAGAAAAGUUAAUGACCAUUUAAUAGAGAAACCAGAAGGAGUAUUACAAGAGCCUGUGUCUGAUACAGUAGUUCAGCUUCAAGAUGGAAAGUUCCCAGCGGAAGAACCAAAAAGUGUAGUUGUGUCUGAAAGUGAUAGUUCUCCAGAAAAUUUUGUUGAAGAAUCGGAAAUAAGUGCAGUUACUCAAGACAUUGUCACAGAACCAGAGAUAACCACUACUUUACCAGAAAUUAUCAAGGAACCAACUUUAAUUAACCCAGAAAUUUCAUCUGAGGAACCAGAGUCAAAAGAAUAUCCUGAUAUUGUUUACUUGAAAACCAGUGUACCUUAUGAAGAUGAUAAAGAAUCUGAAGUAAGCAAUGACAUUUCUUCCAAGGAUCAGCCCUCUUUUCCAAAUUUAAAGGAUGAAGGUAAAAGUCUAGAAGAAAUGGCUGCAGAUGAAGGUGAAAAUCUAGAGGAAAAGGCUGCAGAAAAAUGUGAAAAUGAAGGGGAAAAAACUGCAGAAGAAUGUGAAAAUGGAGAGGAGAAGACUGCAGAAGAACAUACAUGUGUACAGGAAAAGGCUGCCGUAGUCGAACCAGCCACCGAUAACUUAACCCAUUCCAGAUCUCCAGUUGUGCCUGAGGUGUCCAAGGAAGAAAACAAUGAAAUGCCAGAAAUCACUAUCACUCCAGUAUCUGCCACAGAACACAUUCCUGCAUCAUUACAAUCAGAGGAUAAAAUGGAACCCAAAAUCGAUGAACCUGUAGAACUGCCAGUUACUUCUGAAAUAACACUUGAUGUACCUCUUGAAGCAGAAGCCUAUUACAGUGAUUCAGUGGAUGAAGAAAAUACAUUAGAAAUAAUAAAAGAAGAAGGCAGUAUAGACACAGAGUUGGAAAGCAACAGUGAUACAGAAACUAGUGAGCCUGAAGUUACUCAGUACACAUUUGCAUGUGGGCCUCUAGUUCCUUCAACAAAGACAAUUCUUGCAGAUGAGCUAAGUAGUACCUUAGAACCCCAGGUUACUAAGAUCUCAGUUCUUUCUGAUGAUUUGAAUCUUGGACUAGAAAGACAAGAUGAAAGAAUUGAUCAAGUCAGUCGAACUAAAGUUUUAGAAGAAGAGCAGGAUUUAGUAACUGCAGAAAAAUCUUUCCAUACAGAUAAGGAAGACAGUGACUCUGAAGAUUCCGAUACGGAGACUGAAGACUAUACAUCAGAGCUUGAUAAAAGACUUAUUGACAAAGCAGCCAGUGAGGGACAAGCUGAUGAGGGAACUAAUGUCGGGCAGUUACCAGUUCUGGGAAAAACAAACAAAGAAGAUGAAAGUUCUGGAACUGAAACAAAUGAAGAAUCAGAAUCUGAUCAAGAAUCAGUAAAGGUUUCAACAGUUCAGGAUCAACCAAUUACAUCUUUCCAGUCACAUGGAAACAAUGCAAGUGCAGAGGAUAAAAAAGUACCAGAGUCUGAAAAAGUAGCGACAAAAGAGGCUGAGAAGGAAGCAUCUCCAUCCUCCCAAGGAGAGCAGAAUAUUUCCUCAAGCUCGAUGGAUGUUCCACUAACCUUGGGUCCAGGAGAAAAUGAAACUAAAGUGCCUGAAAGCAGUAAAGAUCUUACUGACAUUUGCAAAGAAAUACCUCGGGUAACAGUUGUAAACGUUCAAGAUGUACCCAGUUCUUCAUUGUCAAAUGUUUCAUCUUUGUCAUCAUCAUCCACCUCUGACUUAUCAGAUGACGAAACGACCUUACCUAAUUCUCAAAAGUCUAAAAUUCCUAGAUUAGUUGAGCGCCAUGGCUCUUGAGUAUCUUCAGGUUCAUUUGAUAAACAAACGGACUGUGUGUUCAUAUUGUGAUAAGAAAUUACAGGCUGUGGUACAAUCCAUAUGGAUACAUAUGAUUGCUCAUUUCUUGGAAUUUUAGACAAUUUGGCUAUGUCAUGCUGGCUAAUGUAUACAUUACUGUUUUACAUUGGAGGCUUUAAAUUUUUUCUCAGUUAAGGAAGGUUGAUGUGACAAAUGAAAAAUGCUUCAAACAAUUAGUGGAUCCAUUUCAUUAAUUUUGAAUGGUAGAACAUUUUAAUGCUAUUCAGUAUGGUAUACAAAAUGCCAUAAAAUAUAAUGCUCUAGUUCUUGAUAAUGUACUAUUACUGUGAACCAGCCUUGAGGUGUGCCAAAUAGGGUUUGCGGCUUAGUCACUGAUAAGUCAAGUAGAUCAUCUGGUUGAAAUCCAUCUAUGCAGAAAAGUGACAGGUGUGUGAUUUGCCAUUUAAUCAAGUCAUCACGUUGUAGUGUUGGCUGUUUUGAAUGAAUUAUGCAACUGUCCAUAAACUGUAGCAUAGCUGUGUUAUGGAAGGUUCUAAUGGUUCAUGAUGGUUUUCCAUUGACCUUUCUCUUGCUAAUAUGGUGACUAAAUGCUUAGUUUAUGUAUGGUGAAGUAACACAGUACUACAUAAUAUCUAUUAUACUAUAUUGCUUGUCUUAAGGGUUUGUUAGAUGCAAAAUUUAGAACCAGAAAUAUAGUGUGUUCAUCACACCUUUUUAACAUAGAUAAUAAUUUUAUUUCUGAAAUCAUAGAUAUAAAAGAUUUUGACAAACUGCCGUCUGUGGUCGUGCAAGAUAAUUGAAUAACUUUGCUAUGCUUUUCUAAGUCAGCAGUACAGUUCUUUAAUACCUAUUUUUAUACUGUAUUUUUGUAGCAACCACUGUAUUCUGCACAGUGCUUUAAGAUUUACAAGAUCUAUAGUACAACCAGUGUGCUCUGCAGUUUAAAGUACAGUAACAGGUACUUUUUCUUCCCUGAGACAACCUGCCCCUUUUUCCUACAACAGCAAUUCGAGUGGCCUUUAAUCCACUUCCCGAGGAUUCAUCCCUAAAGUGAACAAAUUUCUUAAAGCUUACCACAUGGCCUUUAUCAUUCAUUAAAGCCGUUUUGCCAUCACUAGAUAACCCUGUAGAAUUUAUUUCAGGGAAUAGUAAGAUGAUACAUAUUUGUACCAAAUAAUAAUAUUUACAUCAAAAUAUUUGAUCAAAUAAUUUUAAACUUGUGUUAAUAAAAAUCUUUAAAUUUAUUUAAGGUUUUGGAUGAUAUUUUUUCAAAUGGUACUGUAUUUAUAAAUUUGUUGCAAAAGCAUGCAUGGGGAAUGUGGCCUAAUAUUGGUGUCAGAAGUUGGGGAUACCUUAGGUCGUGAAUCAUGCUUUCAUAUUUUUACAGUAAUUUUCAAUGCUGAUUUUUCAUAGUAAUGGGUGAAAAUAGCAACACUUACUUCUUGUAAAAAUUAUCUCAAGCCAAUGAAGUUAGAUUUUGGCAUUUACCUAUUUGUCAGUCAUACAAAGGUCUCUUGUCCAAUUUGUUUUAUUUAUUCAGCCCUGUAUAUUUCUUUCAUUCUUAGGCUUUAAAAUUAGUUGGUUCAUGUAUAGAAUAUGUAAGGUAUUUUAUGGUGGUUUGAGCUUGUCGCUCUUGAAGUGGAGCUGUACAAAGUUGUACCAAGCUUUAUUUUAUUCUAUUCUGCAUUGAAUAUAAUGGUGUAAAUGUGUGACUAAAAUGUAUAAUUUAUUAUGGAGAUGUUUCAUUUGCUACAUUGGAUAUUUUUUAAAUAUUAUAAGUUUUGUACUAUAAAAAGAUUUGACACCAAAUGAGUUAUUAGAUGGUAUUGAAGUGAAAAUGAGAAAUUCGUUAUGGACAUGUUGUUGAUGUCUUGUUGACAUGUUAAAUAACUGUUAGAAGGUUUUAUAUAUAAUUAAGAUAAAAGACAUUUGUUUACUAGUAACUGCAAUAGUUAAUUUGAAGCAUAUUAUCUGUGCUAAAUUAUGUGUGAUUGUUGCUGUGUUUUGACAAAAUUCUCAUUGCCAUACUCAAGUUUACAAAUUAAUGAGAACUGGGUACAAAGAGUUGAGUGAAAGCUUUGAUUUUAACUGGAGAAAAAUUUUAAGUGCAGAGUAGCAACGUUUUUAAUACUAGGUUUACUGUAUUUUGAGUACCAAGCAUGACUCAAGUAUUUUGAUCACUAUUCAUACUUCUGUACAAGAACUUGUUCCUUAUACAACUAGAAAAGUAUUCACAUUUGGUUGUGGUUGUAGAUUAAAAAGGCUUCUAUAAAUAUUGUAAGGAUGCUCAGGCUUAGCAAGGCUUGGCUUAGGUGAACAAUCCCGGUGAGAGUUACAUUGAAUCCUUGAUCCAAAGGAAAUGAAUCACUGUAUACGGAGUAAUCAGCGUAUACUGUACGUAUAGCCUAUUUUCUUUCUAGGAAUUCAGUAUCUGCUAUUUAGCAAUGGAACAUUUUCAUUUUUAUAUUAUGCUGAAUGCCUGUGUUGUGUAAUAUCAGAUAACUGCAAUUUCACAAUUGUAAAUCAUUGUUGUUAAAUUGAUGAUUUAAUUUUUCACUGAGCUGCUUGUAAUAGUUUUGUUUUCAAUUAUAUGUAGUUCUAGACAGUUUUUUUCUAUUAAAAUUCAAGUCAAGCAUAGUUGUUAUGCCUUACAUUCUUUUGUCAAAACAAAUGCUGUGCAGUACAUAAUGAAUAUUAUCAGCUUUUAAGCUUGUAUUGCAAAGUUGGCUUAGCCUUUACAAUACAUGAAUUUUUUUAUAUAUACUAGAAUAGAGUUACAGUUACUUUACCACCUGCCCAGCAGUUUCUUCAGAGACCUUACUGAAAGCAGUUAAAAGCUGAAUUAUUUUAUUACCACAAGCCUUAUAAUUUUUUUUUACCAGUUACGCUACUCCCAUAGUUCUUUCAGAAUAGGUUCCUUUGGAUUGAAAAGGAGAAGUGUUACUUAAUACUUGUCAUAAAGGUCAAUGACCUUGUUUAACUCCUACAUACAAUGGUGGUCUCAUGUACAUGAGUUAUAGUAGUAAUGCCCAUGUUUUUCUUAGAAGAUUUGUGUACAGAUAAUUUCAUAAGUUUACUUGCAAAUCACCUAUGUAUACAAUAUGUAGUUAUAAGUUUAUUUAGGUUCCUCAAAAUUUAAAGAAUUGAAUUUUCUUUCUCCAGAAUCCGUAUUCUACCUUGUUGUUAUAAUUGUUAUUUCCCUACCAAUGACAUUGGUAAAGGGUUGAUUUCUCUCUCUCUAUAGGAAUAAAUAAUCUUAUCUUGGAAUUAUAAUUAUUAAAGAUACUUUUUUUCAUAGGGGAACAGCUUUCUUGUCCUAAAGAAAUGUGUAAUAAAUUGUGAAAUACUGAUAAA